UGCUAGCGAUUCAUUGCAUCUUGAGAGGCCGUGCUGGGGAGAUGAAGUGUGUAUUGUCCCCGGAACUGAUUCUCGGGUAACGUUGCUGUCAUCUCUGCAAGCUAGAAUAAAUCCACCAUGAGGGCCGGUGGUGUGGCGCAAGAUUUGGUCAUCGAGCGACAUUGUUGGUGGCCAGGCUGGGCGAUUGGCAUAGACUUCUCUUCCCACAUAGCCCUUGUGUGGUGCUGUAAUUGUUUAAGCGUACACUACUCGAGUACAUAACUAGCCGGCCUGCCACGCUUUCUUCGCUUCUGAUGAUGGCGGGCAAGAUUGUUGUUAAUUCCUUACAUUCUACAAUUCCAAAAGACCCCACUACACUCGAGGAGGCCUUCCCGAGGUGCACGACGGCUCCCACUCCAUCCACCUAUUAUCUACAGAUACACGGGAUUGCGCUGCUACGGCACUGAGUCGUCAUGCCUUCUUCCCAAAAUUUUGCUGUCAAAACCCUGAUAUCACGAUUUGAUAAAAGUGAUAACUUGGAAAAGGAAGAACGGGAUACCGAUGGCGUGCGUCUUGUAGAGGUAUUGGCAAUUAUUAUAGCUGCCCUCACUUUACUUGCCGCGAUGAUCCCUCUCUUUCGGCGCUCACGGCUUCAUCGUUGGGUGUCCUCGCUCUUGAUUUCUCCCUUUACCAGGGUAUACCGACCCCUCCUAGCUCUCCUUAGACAUGUUAUACUUAUUCUACAUUAUUAGCCUUACAAUCCCGCACAGAAACCUCUCGGCAUCCCUAUUCCUGACCCUGAAGCGGCGGUUGUCACCACCACGGAGGACUCAAGAGCCACCCCAGUUGCUGAGCUUCCUCUGCCCGGCCCUGUCCUUAUUUACAAUGACUGUUCCAACACUUACUUUGUUGACACCCUUUCUUAUACCUUGCUGUACGACUGCGGUGGCAUCACUGGGGAAGAUGGUAGAGUGCGUCAAGUGGAGGAACCGCUGAGGCCGAGAAGGCCCGAACCGGCAAUCGCUCGGCGGUUUUCAUAAAGUUAGACAUUUUUCCUGGCCAUAAGAACCGGGAGCACGUUGAUCUUGUGUGAGUAGAAUUUUAUCUAACGCCCUCCCCCCCUUACGUUUGUAUAUGUGCGUAAGUGAUGUCUCCGUCUGGGUUUCUAAUUUUUUUGUCUAACAGGUUGGCAAUCUUUUGCGGUCUAUGGCUCUUCGUGGGAACGGGAUAAGGCAUUUGCGGGUUGGCUGCUUUUUAUGUUAGGAUGUUACGAUAGUGCUUUAGUGAAACGAGAUACGGUGCAAGAUACUUACGUUAGUUCCUUUGUCUCCUCUCCUUAAUUUCCUCUUGAUACUUUUGUAGUCCUAGAACUUCUUGAUUUCCAUCCUCCCUUUAUAUUAUUUUGAAGCGAUUAGUCCCGCCCAGGGAUCCAUCAGGGUAUAGCGUAAUUAUAUAUCUUGAUU